AUGGCCAGAUGGUCCAGAGGUCGUGCACAGACGUCUCUUGCGACGUUAGAACCAGAGUGCGAUCCAGACUCCCGGGCUCAGACAUUGGACAGUUACCCUGUGGAGGUUUCCUCGCCUGACAACCCCGGGAAAGAAGCUCGUCGACAGUCGAGGCGACGUCGGAAAGGGUUUCCAUGCACAGCAGUACCACGAGGCAAGAAAGAGGCACGUGCUGCCGCAGACAUUGACACAGAAGACCAUGUGAAGAAACAAAAGGCUAUAAGGGAACUCCGUCGUGGACCCGCUGACGACAAAGGCCCCACUUCAGGAACAUCCGGCCUCAACCAACGCAAGGCUGCAAAAGGUGAGAAACGCCUCUCAGACUCAGACUGUGAAAGUGUAGAGGAUGACAAACCCGUCACUGGGAGCAAAUCACCCAGCAUGUGCAAGCUCAAGGACCUUAAGGAGGAGUUCUGCCUUUAUGCCAAGCGUAAGCGAAAUGGGGUGUGGGAAGCACUCCGGUUAUGGAUAUGUGGAGCACGAGUUCUUCUCAGACUGGAGGUUAUCUUGCCAUCCUGUAUUGUUUUGGUCUUGUGUCACCUGGCAGAAACUGAGAUUGAGACGGCGAACUUGAGCGACGAGAUCUACAGCUUUGGUGAAAGCCCUUCUGAGCCGACCAAGUGGCUCCUGAAAAAACUCGCGCCCGAAAUAGAUGUUGGCACCGAGGGGCACGAACUUCUUGGUCUAGUGCUUGGCUUUCUCUUGGCCUACCAGGCGGACUCUGCAGCUAAUCGCUUUAGACAAGCAGAUUCAGAUAUUCAGGAGAUGUGUGCGUGCUUGAAAGAGGUUGCCCUGGCAUGUCUUCCCAACCUUACACAAAGCAGGAAGGUGCUAGGACGGGCACGCAUACAUUGGGAAUUUGCGAAGUCACUGUGCAUUCUGCUGCAGAUGUCCAAUCGAGAUUUGCGAAAUGGAUCUGUGGACGGACCGUUUUCGGCAAAGGAAUGGCAAAGACUUCGAACUUUGGGUGCCUCUACGGACCAGCAAGACGCCCUGGCUGAAGCACUGCCCGAAAUGCGAGUGUACAUGUCGCUGCAUUGGAUCCACAUGUUGGUAGAUGCUGCUGUUGAGUACAGAUGGUUGAAGAAGGAGCCUGCCGAUAAGGCACGCGAAAACCUUGACGAUUUCAUCCUCAAGUGGAGAGAUGCGCGCUGUGUAGCCUACGCUGAUAAGCCCCGCGUGCUCCAAGGUCUUCUCUCCAUUCUCAUGUACGUCUUCUGCUUUACGCUCCCAUUCCCACUGGCAGCUAAACUGGAGGGCUGGUGCAAGCCCGUGGCCUUGGUCGUGGCGCUUUCAGUCUUUGCGUUGCAGACAGCAGCUGCUGAGAUGAUGGAACCAUUCGGCUUUGACUGGGGCGAUGUGAGGUUGGACUACUAUUAUACUAAGUUUGAGGAAUUCCUGCCCACCAUUGUUGAGUGCUUGUGCUAUCGGCCCACGGAAGAACUUCAAGAGCAAAUCUAUUGGUGUGAUGACAAGCCGUUGGACCCAGGAGAGAAAAUGAAAACUCCACCCGGAAAUCUCAGCUUGCAACACCUCCUAACUAGGCACUUAGCUAGGCAGUUCGACUUGCCAGUUCCCACCGGAACACAGGUAAUUGAAGAUAUCUUGUCCCGCGACUCCCGUGCUUCGAAGAAGUUGGUUGAUCAAAAGAGAGCCAAACCGACGUGA